CUUUAUGAAAUCUGAAGCCCUGCCAAGUGCACAUUCAUAAUCAGAGGAAGUAAGCUAAGAAGCCGGAGUAGAAGGGAACAAACACACUGCACCAUUCUCACUAGGGUUUAUUCAUCCAUGGCGCAAACGUUAUUCUCGCUGUUCUUCCUCUUCUCCCUCUUUCACCUUCCCUCCUGCUUCUCUGGUCAAUCCAGCUCCAUGGAAUCAGUUCCUGACCUUCAGAACACCAUGUACGCGGUCAUCGAUGGAUAUCCUUGUGUGCGUCUGCUAAAUCUUUCUGGACCUGUUGGUUGUUCAAAUCCUGGGCGAGAUAAGGUUGUGGCUCCAAUAGUAAGGUUUGAAAAUGUUGUUGAGCUAUCGCAGCCAUCUGCUAUAUUGGUGUCAUUGGAUGAUUUUCCGACUCUCUUUACCAGAAUAUCGGAUGACUUAAGCUUUGCAAGUAAAGUUGGUGGUGUACUAGUUGAACCGAAAACUGUUUUGCAGAAUAAGUUACAGGGAUUAUCUCCUGAUCUGAAGUUCCCACAAGCUCAAUUUGCUCCUUAUCAUAAUAUCAGCUACGAAUGGAAUCCAAUUGGUUCUGGUAUUAUGUGGCAAUCCUAUGGCUUUCCUGUGUUCUUACUUGCAGAAAGUGGCACAAAGACUCUUCAAGAGUUUGUAACAAAGAAUGAGGACAAAAAGAAAGCUUAUACUUACAAUGUGGCUGAGUUUGAUCUGGUGAUGCAGACAGUAAAAUCUGGAACACAUGAUUCAGAAUCUUGUUUAAAAGAAGCAACUUGCCUCCCUUUAGGUGGAUACAGUGUCUGGUCAUCUCUUCCUCCAAUCAACAUCACAUCCUUAAAACAGUCUAAGCCCAUUAUAUUGACUGUGGCAUCUAUGGAUUCUGCUUCGUUUUUUCGAGAUAAAAGCCUUGGUGCAGACUCCCCUAUUUCUGGUUUAAUUGCAUUACUGGCAGUUGUUGAUGCACUUUCCCAUUUGGAUGGUCUUGAUGUCCUUAGUAAACAGUUUGUUUUUGCUGUUUUCACUGGAGAGGCAUGGGGUUACCUUGGAAGUAGGAGAUUUUUGGUAGAACUUGACAUGCACUCAGAUGCUGUUAAUGGCCUUAAUCAUACAUUAAUUGAAACGGUCAUUGAAAUUGGUUCUGUUGGAAAGGGUCUCAAUCAAGGUGUUAAAAACUUUUUUGCUCAUACAGAAGGGGAUUCCUCUGCCACAAAUCUGACAAUGACUGCCUUGAAACGUGCACAAGAGUCACUUCUAUCUGAAAACAUAAAGAUAGCUUCUGCAAGUGCCUCAAAUCCUGGGAUACCUCCAUCCUCUUUAAUGACCUUUUUGGAAAAGAAUCCUGCAAUCUCUGGUAUUGUCUUAGAAGAUUUUGACUCUGUCUUUGUCAACAAAUUCUACCAUAGUCACCUUGAUGAUAUAUCAAAUGUAAAUUCAUCAGCAAUAGUUGCUGCUGCUUCUCUUAUUGCCCGAACCAUUUACCUGCUUGCAAGUGAAAUUAAAGAUGUACAAGAUUCUACUUUGGCUGCCAUAAAUGUAAAUGCCUCACUUGUUGAACAACUUAUGGGUUGCUUGUUGGACUGUGAUCCUGGUCUUUCUUGCGAAUUGGUGAAGAAAUAUAUUUCACCCACGUCAACCUGUCCGAGCCAUUAUGUUGGUGUUAUCUUAGAUGAACCUUCAUCGACCCCUAAUACAGGAUACAUUAAUGAUGUUCCCAGGUUCAUCUGGAAUUUUCUAGCUGAUAGAACUUCUAUCCCAGGGGAGAAUAAUAACUCAGAUUGUCAUCAAGGUUGCCAUGGCAAAGAUGAAGUUUGCAUUAAAGCGGAGACUGAUGAGAAGGGAAUUUGUGUUCUCUCUACAACAAGGUAUGUUCCAGCAUAUUCAACACGGCUAAAAUUUGAAUCAGGAGUGUGGAAUGUUUUGCCCCCUAAUUCCUCUGACAAAAUGGGGAUUGUGGACCCUGUCUGGACAGAAAGCAACUGGAAUUCAAUAGGUAUGCGGGUCUACACAGUCCAAAUUGCUGCUUACGAUCGUCUUGUUCUAUUAGGGGGUAUCACUCUGACAAUCUUGGCAUACCUUGCAAUAGCAAUGACAAGAGCUUUUGUUACCAAAGCCAUGAAGAGGGAUUGACUUUUUAUUUCCAGAAACUGACAACUAAAUUUUGAAAACUAGGGUAAAAUUAUUUAGGGUCAUUUGAUGGGCAAAUUACCAGUUUCUGAAUUUCCAAGGAUGUGCAUUAUUUUGGCCACAUUCUUGUGCUCGUGAAUUCUAUUUCGAAAUUUCUCUAUAACACGAUCAUUUUUUUCACUUGUAGGUAAGGAAAUGUAAUGAAAAUAGUCAAAAUUAGCUUUCGUGUAUUUGUUUUUUCCUUUGCCAAUGUAGUGCUGUAAAUGUCUAGUCAGUAACUAUAUUUGGUUAAAUUAUUUUCACUAUUAUCGUGACUGAGUUUUAAUUUGUUGCUCGGCGUUGAGAAUUAUAAUGUAGGGUUUAACUGUUUAAUGGACGGAUAGAGAAACUUGUUGC